AUAUGUCUAUUUGUAUAUGUAUAUAUAGAUAAUUGGCACAUAACAAGAGAAAUUAACAAUUUACACAGGAUUAAAACUGGAAAAUGUACUUUUACUUUCACUGGGUCUUUAAGUGUCCUUAGAAUCGACGGCUGUUUCUGAGCUCUGUUCGCCAGGAUGGAGAUGGGUGAUGACCAUGUCAGGUUCUCUGUGAUGCUGAGUCCCAGGAACCUAAAACUGUUCGUUCCACCUCAGCGCCAUUGAUUACUGCUCAUUUAACUUUUCAUCACUUGAGUAAAAGUAUUAAAAAGUAACUAAUAUUCUUAAGGUUCAUGUUUUGAAUGCAGGACUUUUACUUGUACUGUUUUAUUGGUGCUUUAAACCUGAUUAAAGGAUCUGAAUAUUUACAUCCUGUCUGUUAGUGUCUUGUUAGCCAGCAAGUGAUUUACCAAUCCAUCUUCAAAGAGGACAGCACUUGAGAGAUGCUGAACCCAGUUGGUAUUUGUCAAUGAAUGACUCCAAUGCAUCUGCUAAGUUCUCCUGAAACCACAAUGUCUCAUUGUCUGUUUCUACAUGUGUUAAAUACAGAUGCAGUAAUACGUAUAUUGUAUUCCCCUGCUUCCAGGAUUUGAGCUAAUCUAGGCUGAACAAGUUCAUUCUGUUACUGGACACACAGAUAUUAAACUAGUAUUGAUCUCCUCUCACUUUGGCUAAAAGUGCAAACAAUCUUAUUUCUCAUCAUGUCAGUGUUUAAGUAUUCCCUCACCGAAGCUUUUACUGAGUGAAGGGCAAAGGCUGAUUAAACGACUGUCCUGAAUGGAGCUGCUUGUGUCAUGCUGAGGAAACUGUCGGCUGUCUCCCUCUCAGCCUGUCUCUCUCUCUCUCUCCUCUGCUUCAGUUUACAGCAGAUAAAUCUCUCCCAGAACCAGCUCACCAGUUUGCCACCCGGACUACUCCAUCUGACCAACAUCCAGAGACUUUCUGCUGCCAAGAACCAGCUCACAGUCCUGUUUGACAUCCCAUCAACUACUAACUGGAUCGGUCUGCGUAAGCUGGAGGAGCUGGAUGUGUCUGAUAACUGUCUGACCAGUCUGCCCACGGCAGUCAUGCACUGUUUGAAAUCCCUGAGCUUCCUCAACGUGUGCAGGAACUCACUGAGCAGCUUCCCUGACCCCUGGGCGUGUCCACUGAAGCAAUGCAAAGCUUCCUCCAAUGUGAUCGAGAGACUUCCAAACACCAUCUCCAUCUUCUGGAGGACUCAGCUGCAGGAGGUGGACUUCUCUGACAACAGCCUGAAGGAGCUGCCUUCUUAUAUCUUUGAACUGGAGGCUCUGGUCUUGUUGAGAUUGUGUGGGAAUCACAUCGUGACACUCCCAGCCCCCAGUAAGUGGAAGUGCUCUCAGCUCAGGACCCUCGAUCUGUCCAGGAAUCAGCUGGGCAAAACAGAGGAAGGGCCUAAAUCCAGGAGGCUGGCCUUCUUGACUACAUGGAGCAGGAGGGACCCGGACCCAGACCCAGUGUGUCCCAUAGAGUUUCCCAUGAUUCUGCGGGAUUCACUGGAAGUGCUUUCCUUGAAUGACAACCAGCUAGAGUGUGUUCCCCAAUCAGUGUGUGGUCUGCACAGCCUCACUGAGCUCUACCUCUCCAAUAAUCCUGGAAUCCGGGAGCUUCCAGCGGAGCUCAGUCAACUCUCCAACCUAUGGCAGCUGGACAUUGAAGACCUCAACAUUACUAAUGUCCCCCAGGAAGUAAGAAAAGAAGGUCCUGCGUCUGUCCUGGCUUUCCUCCGGGCCCACCUUCGAAAGGCAGAGCCUUUUAAGCUGCUGAAGAUGCUUGUGGUUGGUCCACCGAGACAGGGGAAGUCGGCCCUUCUGGAGGCUCUACAGACCGGCAGGGCGGCCCCCUUCACCCCAGCAGAAUGCAGCAUCUCCACCUCCACCUGGGAGCUGGACAAACCCAACGGAGGCAGAAACAGCAAGGACUCGGUGGCCUUCAACGUGUGGGACAUCGGUGGUCAAGCGAGCAUGUCCACGGUGAACCAGUGUUUCUUCACUGACAAAGCCCUGUACGUGGUGAUCUGGAACCUGGCUCUGGGAGAGGAGGCUGUGGCCAACCUACAGACAUGGCUGCUUAACAUAGAGGCGCGAGCACACAACUCUGCCGUGGUGGUUGUGGGAACACAUUUGGAUCUCAUUGACACCAAGUUUCGCACUGAAAGACUGGCCACGUUGAGAGCUUAUGUUCUGGCUCUGUGCCGAUCCCCGUCAGGGGCUCGAGCCACCGGCUACCCUGACAUCACCUGGAAACACCUGCAUGAAGUGUCCUGUAAAACCCUGGAGGGUGUGGAUGGGCUGAAGAAGCUGAUCUACCAGGUGGCUCUCUCCAUGAAAGACAGCAGCAGCUCAGCCUGUGGCAGUAAACUGCUGGGCAGACUGAUCCCCAGGAGCUACCUGACACUUAAGGAAGCAGUGAUAACGGAGAAGCAGAGGCGAGACGCUGAGGGGGAGGUCCUAUACCUAACUGAUGACCAGCUGGACCGCAUCAUUGAACAGAACCCAGGAAGUGACAUCAGAGACUAUGAGGACCUGCAGACUGCCAUCAGCUUCUUAAUUGAGACGGGGACCCUGCUGCACUUCCCCGACACCAGCCAUGGCCUUUGUACCCUCUACUUCCUGUGUCCUGUGUGGCUGUCAGAAUGUCUGGAGAGGAUCAUGCACCUCAAGUCCUCUCGCUCUGUAGCCAGGAAUGGAGUGAUCCGCGCGGAAGACCUUAGGAUGCUACUGGUAGGAACAGGGUUCACCCCGCAGACAGAGGAACAGUAUUUCCAGUUUCUAGCCAAGUUUGAGAUCGCUCUUCCUGUGGCCAGUGACAGCUAUCUGCUGCCCCACCUCCUUCCCCCCAAGCCAGCCAUGGACAUCCAUGGCUUUCGUCAGCAGACCAACAACACCCUGCAGCGCCUUGUUCAGAUGAGCUUUGUUCCUGCCGGAUUUUGGGAGCGCUUAAUUGCCAGGAUGCUCAUCAGCCUCACAGAGAUGGACCUGCAGUCAUUUGAGCACAAAAGAAACAUCAGGAGCCAACGCAGCAGAAACUCUGUGAUCUACAGCUUUACUGGAACCCAGCAGAGGAACCGUUGCAGCACCUUCAGAGUCCGACGCAGCCAGACCAUAUACUGGAAGGAGGGGCUGCUGGCCACUUUUGAUGGAGGCUACCUCAGCGUGGAGUCAUCAGAUGUCAACUGGAAGAGGAAGAAGAGUGGAGGCAUAAAGAUUAUCUGCCAGUCAGAUAUGAGAGAUUUCUCUGCCAUGGCCUUCAUCACUGACAACGUCAACUCUCUGAUUGAGCAGUGGUUCCCUGCUUUGACAGCCAGUGAGAGUGAUGGGAGUCUCCUCAUAGAGCAGUACGCCCCCUGUCCCCUCUGUGCCUCACUGAGCCAACAGAAGCAGACCGAGCUCGUAGCCGGCCUGGUCGGCCAGGUCGGAGAGAAAGGAGCAGGUGGAGGAGACAGGAUUCAUUACUUUGACAUGGAGGACUGUGUGCUGGCUGCAGUGGAGGAGGAUCACAUCAUGUGUCCUCGGCACCCUGACCAGCCCGUCACCCUCCAGGAGCUGGUCCCAGAGCUGUUCAUGACCGACUUCCCUGCACGGCUGUUUUUAGACAGGGCCCAGCUGGAGUACUCUGAGGAGGAGAAUAACAUCCUUGGUCAGGGUGGCAGUGGGACAAUCAUCUACAGAGCCCGAUAUCGUAACCAGCCGGUGGCCGUCAAACGCUUCCGCUUCAAGAAGUGUCGACAGCAGACCAUCAGCAGUGACACAGACACCAUGGUGAAACACCUGCAGUCUGCAGAUGCCUGUCGGAGCUUCUCUGAGUUUCGCCAGGAGGCCAGUAUGUUGCACUCUCUGCAGCAUCCCUGCAUCGUCUCCCUGGUGGGCAUCAGCAUCCAUCCACUCUGCCUUGCCCUGCAGUUGGCCCCCCUGGGCAGCCUCAACAUUGUGCUGGAGGAGAAGCGCAAAGGCUCCAGGUACAUGCCCCUUGGUCACAUGCUAACUUUCCGAGUAGCCUAUCAGAUUGCAGCAGGACUGGCGUACCUUCACAGGAAGAGCAUUAUCUUCUGUGACCUCAAAUCUGACAACAUCCUGGUGUGGUCUCUGGAGGUGCAGGAUCCAGUUAACAUUAAGCUGUCUGACUACGGCAUCUCUCGACAAACCUUCCAUGAGGGGGCGUUGGGUGUGGAGGGCACACCAGGUUACCAGGCUCCUGAGAUCCGACCAGGCAUCGUGUAUGAUGAGAAGGUGGACAUGUUCUCCUAUGGUAUGGUGCUGUAUGAGCUGCUGUCUGGACGGAGGCCAGUGCUGGGUCACCACCAGCUCCAGAUAGCGAAGAAGCUCUCCAAAGGCAUCCGGCCAGUGCUGGGCAGUCCUGAGGAGGUUCAGUUCUACUGCCUCCACAGCCUGCUGACUGAAUGCUGGGACACCAAGCCUGAGAAGAGGCCGGUGGCCAUGCAGUGUGUGAGGCAGAUGCAGCAGCCCAGCUUCCCCUGCCUCAGGUAUGUUUUGUCCUGUGACAGCCACUCGCAGCUCUUCCUGUCCCAGCUGCAGGGACACAGCGCUGUGUUCUGGAAUGGAGACAAGGACAACAGGAACUACAGUGUGGUAAAUGUGGAGAAGGGCCAGGUGGAGGUGAAGAGGAUGUCCUGUCCCGGCAGCAGGAUCAGCUGCCAGAUGAAGAUGGGUAACAUUCUGUGGAUGGCCACUGAGGAGCAGGAGGUCUUCAUCUACAGUCUGAAGGACAUGUGUCCUCUCAGCCAACCCCAGAAACAGUUCUCCUGUCCAGCCAUCAUCACCUGCCUGUUCCCUGUCCCAGUGGGAGAACAGAGCCUGGCCAGAGUGUUUGCGGGGAUGUCUGAUGGCCUGGUGGCAGUAUACAGCUUAGUGGAGGACCUUCCUCUGGAGGGGGAGACCUACCUGUGUUCACACACCCUCAACAAGACGGUGUUUGCUCUGAAGGACUCUGAUCCCAGGCAGAGACCCUACCCAGUCAGGAGCAUGGCACUGGUCAGCAGUGGCUCCCAGUUAUGGUUCUCCAAUGGUCCGGGCGUGCUGGUCGUUGACUGUCUGAGUCUUCAGGCAGUUCGAAGGCUGGAGCCCUACAACCCGCCGUCCUCUAUCGUAUCUAUGACAACCAGCUUCAGUCUCUGGGGAGAGGAGGCAGUCUGGACUCUGGACGACCACAUCAACACGCUGCUGCUCUACCAUGCGGCCUCCUACCAGCUGUGUGCCAAGUACUGGUGAGUGGACUGCCACAGCGCCGUCAUCAUGGCAUCAGGCCUACGACUGGACAUAGUGACGUUUCUGAGAACGGUUGUGUCUAGAAUGUCAUUUCCUGGAGAACAGUGAAUCAGUAGACUCAUGUGUGAUGAGGCUAAUAUUAUAAUAUAUAUUAGUACUGGCUGAUAUUGGUAUAUUAGAGAUAUCAGUGUUGGCAUACAGUAUAUGGGAACUUAUUAGUUAAGUACAGAAGUACCAAAGAAAUUGUGUCUUUAUUUAAUAGUUUGUUUUACAU